ACACUGACUUUCUCAUUGAAGAGAAAUCCAUUUGGUGGCUCUGGUCCCUCUAAAUUCUCAGCAGAUGAGUUUUCUGAUCUAGAUAUCCGAGGAACCCGCCAUAAUCUUGGACGAACUGAGCUCAGCAGUCUAUUCAUCUUGGAGGCAGUCUACUUAAGUUUUGUUCAUGUCCGUGUACAUCCGUAAACCAACUACAGUAAAAGUGGGAGGGGCUGGUGCAAAUGUGCAGACGUCAGCAGUUUAAAAAGAAGGAAGAAGCCGAUGUACGUACGUAUGUACUAGGUACUCGUCAGGAAUAUGUCCUAUUCAAAUGUAAUGGAAGUGAUUACGAAGGGAAGGUACGUGGAUGAAGCAUCUGACACUGCUGUCGAACCAGUUUUAGGUCGAUCAUCCACCUCUCAAAGUACACGAACAGAGAGUCAGCUGUCUCUGGAAUACCUCCCUCCAGAAGCUCCCUACUAUGGAAGUGCCAGUGCUGGCCUACAAGGCCAGGACCCCCAAGACUUAGAUCAAGAGGUUCAAGCCGAGGCCACCACUCAACUGUACCAGAGGAUUCAAGCUCUGAGUGAUCAAAUCCACACUGAGUUAGACACCAUGAUUGAUAUCGAGUCAGUCAGCUCCCACCAGCCUACACCACUCCCUCCAGAGGAACAUUCAAUGAGAACAUCCCUGGAUACCUCUAGAGACUCAGACCUGUUUCUAUUAGAGCAAAUUCACUCUAACAUCAAUAGUGAUAAGUGCAAAGAUAUCGUUCUUGUGCCUGACAAAGAAGAGGAUGUGCUAUCUCCUAGAGACUGUGACAGCACAUUGACUGCAAGCUCAGCAACUGUUGAGCCUUUGUUUAAUAGCAUGGAUCCCAAGUUGAAGAAAGCCAUUGAGAAGAUGAGGAAAUUGGAUGAGAAGCUUGCUGAUUUGGACAAGAAAGAAAGGGAUGUCAAAAAACAACGAAAACUACUAGAACAGCAAAUAGACUCAAACAUUAGUCUUCAAACCAGUUCAACACACUCAUUGGACCGACAAAAGUACCCACCAGUGUUUACAACACAGCUGAACGACAAUGCCAGUUCAGCUGGAGAUAGUACCAGCUGCACUGUAAAAUCCCAUGGUUCAGCUAAGAGGAAUCAUAUCCACUCAGAAACAGAGAAAACUGCUGACCUUAAAACUAAACCCAAUACACAGACCGAGAUUAGUGGCACUAACUUCAUCCAAAGAAACAUUGAGUUGGCUAGUGAUGCUGGAGCUCUGGUGGCCAUGACUGAGGCUGAGAAACAAAGGCUAGAUGAGCUACUUAGUGGAGAAAACAAGGCAGAGGAAAUAGAUCCUAACGAAAACGAGUUGAUUUUAUGUGUGAGAGACAUUCGUGAAGGAUUUGCACUCAAACAAGAAGACCUGGAUAGGAUGAAAACUAUUGACAACCAGCUGCAGGCCAUUCUGCCACCUAGUGCUUGGGAGUCUCUCUCCUGCUCAUCGCGCACUGGCUCACACAAUCCACAAGAGCUGGGCAGUGAGAGUGGGCACAUCAGCACCAUAGGUUGUGACAGCAGUACAGAAGAUGAGGAGGGAGAACCUGAAGUGGACAAGGGGACACAUAUAGGAAUAGGAAUAGUGCCUGGAGAGGAAGUGCUCCACCAGUUUCAGAUGUCUCGCAGUGAGAGUGAGCGACUGAGAAGCAUUGAUGACAGACUCAGAGCUAUACACGCUGAGAACCAACUGAUACUACCAUUGCCUACAUCAGAUCUCCAGGCUCUUUUGGACGAGUGUCGCUCUGGUGAACAACUUGGUACUCACAAAGAGUUUCCACCUCGGGACGAGAACACAAACAAACUCUUAGACUAACAGAAUUAUUUUCAUGUUGUCUCUUAACUGUCACCAUCAUUUAUAAUUUCUUAUUGUAUACCGUACAUUGUCAUUAUUGUAUACUGUAAAAUUAUAAUUAUGUUUGUCGUAAGAA